UGUUGAGCAGGCCCAAAAUUCUCCCAUCUCCAAUCGAAUCUUGAAUAAAAAAAUAGGAAAAUUUUAUUUUUCCAAAUUUCCAUCCAUUUUGAGCUGUUCCGUUGGAAUGUCUGAGAACGAGGUAUUGGAAGAUGCUCCAGCGGAGCCUAACGCCGGCAAUGAUGAAUCUACCAAGGAGGAAGAAGGAAAGCCGAAAAUGUCUUUCGCCGAUUGGAAAAAGUGCAAAGAAGCCCUCAAACCGGAUUCAAAAAUUGGGCAAAAACGUAACAAUAGUAUAAAUAAUAAUAAUAACAACGGAAAUAACAACGGUCGCAAGCAAUGGCCACGCAACGACAACACACAAUUUCAACGCAAUAACAACUACAACCAGGACUGCAAUUAUCAGCCGUUGAGCCGACCACCACCUCUACCCAUGCAGCUGGCUAUGGGCUUCGACAAUAACUUUGGUCCGGGUCCAGGUCCGUGUGGUCCGCCCUUUGGAGGACCUUUUGGGCCAAUGGGACCAAAUGGGCCGAAUGGACCCUGUGGGCCAAUGGGACCGUUUGGCCCAGGUCCCAUGGGGCCGGGUGGACCGUGCGGCCCUAUGGGACCGAUGGGUCCUGGAAACUUUGGUCCGGGACCUCGAAAUAACUGCAACCGACCGCUGGAGCCGCCACCGUUUUGGGAUGACAUGAUGGCUCCACAACAACGACAACCACCUAUACAGCCCCCAAUGCCGAAGUGCCCAAGUCUUUGGAAUCUGGUGCCUAAGGAUCGCGGUCAGCAACGUCAGAAUCGCGGCAAUCAACAAAACCAAAAUAACAACAACAAAAAGUUCAAACACAACAACCGCGGAGGCAACAAGGAGGAUUCCAAUCUGAUGCCUCCUCCACCGCCGCCGAAUGACGGUACAAGCAACAACCAGCAGGGAUCGAACGGAUCGCAACCAUCGAAGAAGCCAAAGCGAAGUGGAGCAUUUGUGCAAAUUAACGGACAAUGGAUUCAGAAACCGGAAGCACCGCUUCCACUAGAUGAAGCACCUCCAGGUACUAAGGAAGAACGCCAGCGCCAGUGGAAGGAGUAUCGUCAAGCGAUGAAGCCUUUCAAGAAUCGUGAGUUUCACAACCAGAAGCGUACUGUGCAGCGUUUGGGAAAGCUUCCACGUGAUCAGCUUGACGAGAUUCAGCUGGAACGCUUGCAGAAGGCCGAAGAGUAUAUCGGAGCCCAUAAGGCCAUGCUGACUAUUAAACAUGCAGAACGCUGGGUCCAACAGGAAGAUGGACCAAAAGUUAGCGAUACUUUCAAGGGUCAAGUUUACGUACGCAAAUCUGCCAAUACAGGAAGCUAUUGGGACAAGACGAAAAUGGGCCCGAACACCAGCAAUGGCUUUGAUCCCAAGCAACCUUUCUUCAGUUCCGGACGUCCUAUCACUGGCGGUGCAGAAGCCAUUGCCGCCAACAUAGCAUCGCUCCCGCCACCACCACCGCCACCUGACACACCUCCAUCAAAUGAAGGAAAUAAUAGCGGCUGGUCCACUGGAACUGCCACUACUACCAGUGCCAACACUGGUUCGAAUUGCAAUCCUUCGUACUACAGUCAUUACAGCAACACUUUUGUUAAAGGAAACACGCUACUGCCCCCCUAGGAUUUCCCGUUGACGCUGAAUCUUGGCGUGGGAUUUGAUUAGUUGUAACUUUCCGGCAAGCGUGGAAGCUCCCAAUACCUUACGAGUCUGCAAUAAAUUAAUUCUUUGACAACAUCGGCAUGUAUUCAAAUAAAUGUAACAAAUUCUGCACUUA